GCACGGCACGGCACGGGAAGGAAGGACACGACACGGCUCGGCUCGGCUCCAGCAGCAGUUCCUUUGUCCGCGGUCAUGUCGGGGCCGGAGCGGCCGGCAGGCCACGUCCAGUUGGAUAGCAGACCUAUAUUAUCUACCACAGAUGGAAAUCAGAACAUCACAGAAGUAGAUGCAUUCGAUACAAGGCAAACACAUGAUCCUGCAGCGCAGUACAAAAUGAACCAUCAAAGAAGAGGAAUUGCAUUAAUCUUCAAUCAUGAACACUUUUUUUGGCAUUUAAAAAUGCCAGACAGACGUGGGACUUUAGCAGACAGAAACAAUCUGAAACGCAGUUUGACAGACCUUGGAUUUGAAGUCAGAGUUUUUGAUGAUCUGAAAGCAGAAGGCGUGCUGCAGGAAAUUUAUGAAGCCUCUCUGGAUGACCACAGUAAUGCUGACUGCUUUGUUUGUGUGUUCCUGAGUCAUGGCGAGAAUGAUCAUGUUUACGCAUAUGAUGCCAAAAUCAAAAUUGAGACAAUCACAGACAUGUUCAGAGGAGACAAGUGCCGGAGUCUAGUAGGAAAACCAAAGAUAUUUAUCAUUCAGGCAUGUCGAGGUGAUAAACAUGAUGAUCCAGUUAUUGCUCAUGAUUCAACAGACAGUAGCAACGAAUCCACUGUCAAUGAGACUGAAGUGGAUGCAGCUGGUGUCUAUACUCUGCCCGCUGGUGCAGACUUUAUCAUGUGCUACUCUGUAGCGCAGGGCUACUAUUCUCAUCGUGAGACUGUAAAUGGCUCCUGGUACAUUCAAGAUCUGUGUGAAACGCUUCGGAAGCACGGGUCUUCCUUGGAGUUCACAGAGCUUCUUACUGUCGUUAACAGGAAAGUAUCUUACCGCAAAGUGGAUGUGUGCAGAGACAGUAAUGCUAUAGGAAAAAAACAGAUUCCUUGUUUUGCCUCAAUGUUAACUAAAAAAUUGUAUUUUCAUCCAAAAUCUCAGUAGAUUGUUAUUUAACAACGAUGACCAUUAACUACUACUUGCUGCAGAAAUGAAAACACCAUCUUAGUUCAGGAAACUAAUACUCUACAAGAUUGUUCGCAAAAUCACUGGAAUCAAACAUUAUAGUUCGUAUACAUAAUAGAUUCUAAAAUCUUAAAGCAAUUUUAAAGCUAGUAUUACAGCUCAGGGAAUUUGGGAAAAGCUGACUGGUCCAAAACUCUAAGAAGGUGCUCAGAUUUUAUUGAAAUUGGUAUCUAGAUUACUUUUUUGUAAAAAGCCUUUUGCUUAAUUGCCAUCUAACUAUGGCACAUUUUACUACUUCCAAAACAUUUCUAAUGUUGCAUUAGAUUAACUUAUCUUGCUCCAAGAGCACACUUUAUAGGGAAUAAGUUUGUAGGGUAUCUUUUUAGAUUUGUGGAAGCAGCAUCCACGUUGCAAUUUUUGUGGCUUUAUUGAGCUUUUUGGACAUUUUUUAUUAUUUUCUCUCAACACUAAAAAGGAAUUUAAUUCCUUGAGUACAGUUGUAGCAUUAAUAUAGGGUUAAUUAAAUAGGGUUAAUUAAUAAAGGGUUUCUUUUUACUUGAACAUCAUCGUCUCAGUUUGAAGAGACUGGAAUGUUUGUCAAAGAGGAUGAGUUAUGAGACAGACCAAACUCCUCUCUCUCAGCAAUUGUAAAUUCAAAAAAUUAAGGGGCUUUAAUCGAGGAAGUGUGGAAAAAAAGGAAGAAGUACCACUCCUUUAUUAAAAGAUAUAUGUAUGUUGGCAAGAACAGUAACAGAACAUAAAAACAACUAAACAAUAGUGCCGUACCCAGAAGUCCCCUUCAAACAAAAGAAAAGAAAAGUCUGAACACUUCUCUGUCCUUCAGCGCAGUUCUAAUCAUGGUUGGCAGGGGGCGCUGUUGGGUCACUGGAGGUGCAGGGCCUGCAGUGCUCGGUGUUGGCCUGCAGGGGGCCUGCAGGGGGCGCUGGGUCUGGGGGUUGGUCUUGGAUCGCGGGAGAAGCCGAAAAGAAAAUGGGGACCCUUCCCCCAGUGGAAGAAAGGGGGAAAGGAAAACAGUUCAUCCCCACAAAACUCACUGUUGUCCUCAGAUGACAAUUAGAACGCAGCAGGUCCGGGCUGGAGACAAAGACAGCCUGCCUGCAAGUCGAGGCCAGCAGUCAGGGCUGACCAGGGCAGGAAGCCAGACAGACCGGUCUCCAGGCCUCCUCUCCAAAAGCACGCACGCAAGACUCUCCUCCGUCUCUGUCCCAGAGCAAGAGCUCAGCAAAAGCUGUGUGAGGGCAGCCAGCAACUCCCACCAUGAGCCGGGCCAGCUACCGAAAUCCCAAACUCCUUCCCCUUCCUAUUUGAACUCCAUUCUUCCCACAGCCAGAGCAGGGGAAGAAAUAUUCCACUCCUGGGUUUAUAACCUAUAACAAUCAUUUACGUUUGGGGCACAAUUACAGCUUGCUGGUGCUUUGAAUCCUCAGGAGAAAAGCAAGCAGUAGUGAAAUGAGACCUUAGCUUGACUUUGGGUAAGCUUGCCUUGUACGUACCUCUAAAGCUAAAGCUGCUAGACAUCUCUAGGCAGCUCUGCGAAAUAUAACCUAUGCAAACCUUCAUACUUCAGACCUUGGUGUUGGAUCAGCUUCUUCCUCCUCUUGGCUCUGGAGAAGAUCAGCCAUACUCUGUCAUCGUGUACAUACAAGUCAUAGUCACCAUAGGAUUGUUACUACUGCUGCAUCAGCAAUUGCAGUGACACUGACUAUGAUACUGCCUAGAAGUGAAUAUUUCUUUUCUUUGUUUUUUUGGUGUUGGUUUUUUUUAUAUAUUAUUGGUACAUACACUUAACCCUGAGGGACAAUGGAGAACUCAAACUGAGCAAAAUGUCUUAAUCCACUUUCCUGGGGAUAAAAUAAUUGGUUUACUGCCUCUGCUUUAGUUCAGUCUAUGGUCCGAACCACAUAUGUUAAAUCUUACUAUGUCUACUUUUAAGCUUUACAUAAAUCAUGUAUGUUUGAAUGUUUUGAUAAUUUUUUUCAAUAAAGUGCAACAUAAAUGA